AUGUGGCUCUUCUACAUAUUCUUCAUCAUUCUCAUAGCUAUCACUAUUUCAACUGAAACAAAAGCGCCUCCCAAACUAACAAAAACACCACAAAAACCCAACAAAACUCAAGUUUCAUCAACAAUAACUACGCCGAAAACAUCCAAGAAACCAGUCACUCCUACAGAACUGGAGUUCACGAAUAAAACAAAAUUCGAUGUCAAAGUUUGCCCGUUUGGAUAUAGCUCGUCGAAUCAGAAAACUUGCGAACAACAACAAGACUGUCAGACUGAUAUGAAGUUAAAUUCAUACUGCUCGGAGACGGGAAUUUGUUGUCAAGAGAACGAAGACGAGGACGAUUCAUUGUGUUACGAUAAACGGUUGCCACUGUUUGGGGAACCAAAAUGCACUAUUGAUUCGGAAUGUAGAGAUUAUGGAGCUGUGUGCAAGUCAGGUCACUGUUGCCCGAAUUUUCACUAUACUGCUAAUGAAACUUUCCGCCCACCCUCCCAUUUUUAUAUCAGUAACUUCUCAUGUUCCCCUGGAAAACCGAUUCCGCCAGGAUUUCAAUUUGCAUACUGUUCGAAAGCAUCUGAAACUAUUGCCUAUUUGGGAGUUGUUGACAAAUGUGGACGUAUUCAACACAUUGUAAAUGACUCAAAAUGUGUUUUCGACUUUGAUUGCCCUCCUGGUAAUAUUUGUGUUCGCACCACUGCGGAUGGAGUUUGUUUCAAAGAUCCAGAAGACUGCGCGACCUCAAUUUAUUAUAAGAUUACUGUGACGUGUUGCUAUACUUCUUUCGUCUCAAUGAUAUUGUAUUUCAUGACAAGAGCCUGUUAUGAACAUCCGUUGAAGAUCAGUGAGAUGAAUCCAUUUGUGGAUCUUCAACUGUAUAGUGUAACUGAGGAAGCUGAAGACGAAGCGAUGGAACGUUAUGGAACUGAAAACAUGAGCGAGGAGGAGAUCACAGCAAUCAGAAUGAAUGCUGCUCGGAAGGCGUGGGAUGAAGAUGUGAAGUCGAUGAAUAGACCUGCACUGGAAUAUGUUUUGAACUGGUGUGGAUACGUGGUUGAGCAUUCCGAGGAGGAAAAUGAGAGUUAG